AUGUACGCACAACUACUUAGGAAUAGUGGUCAGACUGCAGGUCGUCUGAACAAUGCUGUUCGUGCCCUCAACUAUACAACCUCAUCACAUACAUUCGCAAAGUUUAGCCAAUCACCUAUGGGUGUGAUGGCAGAUCAACUGUUCUUGCAACCAAUCAACCCUGCGACAGGUCGUCCCAUCAAGGACUUGAAGGUCGACACCAGAGACACAUUAAAGAAGAAGUUUAAGGAUGCUUACCUCUUCAAAGAUGAGUGGAAGUACGCCUCUCAAGUGGACAAGGCAAAGGUUAUCAUGAGAUUCAGAGACUUGCUGGCUGAGCGUGUCGACUCGCUCGCCAAUGAUCUUACUGAGGAGACUGGCAAACCAAUCACACAGGCAAAGGGAGAGAUUAAGGCUGUGAUCGAUAGGAUCAACUUCUUCUUGUAUAACUUCUCAAACUGUCUGCAGGAGCGCACGGUACGUGUCACCAACAAGUUCUCAGAGUCGUUGACCUACGAGCCAUUGGGUGUCGUGGCCAACAUCUCGGCCUGGAACUAUCCAUACUUCAUCGGCCUCAAUGUGAUCAUCCCCGCACUGCUCACUGGCAACUGUGUGAUGUACAAGCCAUCCGAGUUUGCCAGCAUCACCGGUUUGAACAUCGCUGCAUUGUUGCACGAGGCCGGCGUACCCAAGGAGGCCUUCCAGGUGGUCCUGGGCAAGGCUGUCGUGAGCCAGUCGCUGCUGUCGAUGCCCAUCGACGGUGUCUUCUUCACCGGCUCAUAUCAGACUGGCAAGAACAUCGCUCAGACGUUGGGCGGUCGCAUGGUCAAGACUCAGCUGGAGCUGGGCGGCAAGGACGCCGCCUACGUCAACAAGGACGUCAACAUCAAGCAGGCGAUCGGCUCGCUUGCCGACGGCGCCAUGUUCAACACAGGUCAGGGCUGCUGCUCGGUCGAGCGCAUCUACGUCGACCAGGAGAUCUACCAGGAGUUCGUCAGCGGCCUCGUCCAGGAGGUGAGCACCUUCCACAUGGAGUUUGACCCCAAGUCGCCCAACACCUACUUUGGCCCAAUGACCCGCGGCCAGCCACAGAUCGAGCACUUGCAACGUCUGAUCACCGACGCGCACAAGCGUGGCGCCAAGAUUGAGCUCGGCGGCAACAAGAUCGCCGGCGCACCCGGCUCGUUCUUUGCCCCCACCGUCGUUUCGGGCGUCGAUCACAGCAUGGACAUCCAGAAGGAGGAGUUGUUUGGACCAGUGGUCACUGUGCAGGCCGUGUCCGGCCCAGAGGAGGCCGUCAAGCAGAUGAACGACACACCCUUUGGUCUGACGGGCGCCGUCUACACCAACGACGUGGCCAUCGCCGACUACGUCUCGGGCAACUCCAACACGGGCACCGUCUACUGGAACGCCUGUGACCGUGUGUCGCCCUACCUGCCAUGGUCCGGUCGCGGCCACAGUGGCAUUGGCAGCACAUUGGGCAUGGAUGGCAUCCUGUCCUUCCUCAGACCCAAGGCACUCCACUUCAUCUCCACCGAGGACAACUACUUUGGCGAGCCAUUCAACAGCCAUCUAGUUCCAAACGAGUCCAUCACCCCAGACAACAUCUCCAAGUUCAUCAAGGAGGUUCCAUCGAUCAAGUCUUCAUUCAACAAACAAUAA